UUUUUCUCUAUAUUUAAUAAUGAAAAAUUGCUGAAACGUGCGGGUUGGAAGUUCAAGCAUUUAUCUCAGAAAAGUUAAAACCUUAAAAGAAUACAUUGUUUUGUAAAUAAAAAAAUAAACACCUUUGGAGAUGCGGGGCAUCGAUCCCCGUACCUCUCACAUGCUAAGCGAGCGCUCUACCAUCUGAGCUACAUCCCCGAUGUGGGCCGCGCUGACUUUUUCGCACCGUACGCAUCAUUGGUUAGUAAUAGAGCAUUGAAAUUAGAUUAGUUUAAGUUUUGGUUACACCAAUUGUAUUGUUGGACACUGAAUUGCUAUUUUGGGAAUUCAUUUAAGUAGCUAUGUUUAUUAUAUCUGAUUAAAGUUUAUUUUUUUAGACACAAGACUAGUAUAACAAAUAAAAAAAAAAGUAUUCACAUAUAUAUUGAUUACUUAAUGUAAAUAAAGAAAGAAAAGAGCUAAAUUUUAAAUUAGUGUGUAAUAUUGUUAAUCUAUACCAUGGAUGUAUUAAGCACAUGCAGUUGAUGGGGAGUAAAAAUAAAAAAGUAACGUAUUAAACUUGAAAAGAUUUCCAAAGGUAACCAGGGCAGCCUUGAAAGCAUAUAAUAUUAAUAAAUAUUCAUGGUUUGUUGGCUCUAACGAAGUUACAGCACUCGAAUGCUCAUUACAAGGCCCAUUAGGCAGCCUUUCUUCAUGGGACUCCCCGAGUUGGAGCUGAGAUCAGAUUUAAAGUAGUUCGCCCAGAGACUUCAAUAGAUGCAGUUGGGAAGAUGUCAGUGCUCCAGUUUGUUUUUUUGCUGAUUUUGAUCAAAAGCAGUCGGAGUCAGGAUAUAGAAAUGGAUAUGGAUGAGGAUCUGGAUCAGUAUAUGACUGAGGAACUGAAUCAUUCAGGACCAGAACCCAUCGAUGGGAAAUCUUUCUUCUUUCUGGGCACCUUGUUUCGCCGCUGGCGUAAUCGAUGGAUGGCCUAUCACAAUCCUGAUCCAAUGUUUGCUGGCCCCGCUUAUCCUAUAGCUGGUUAUUACAAUUGUCCCGCCUACGGCUGCAAUCCGGCGGUUAUUGGUCCUCAACCUGGUUACUAUGCCACACCCGCUGGAUUCUACACUAUGCCAUUAAGCCAGGGUCAACAGGCUCAAGGAAAUAGCAAUGUCUAUAUCUAUCAGAGUGAUCAAAAUUCCGCAUCAGCUGCAAGUCCCUUGGGUGUUGGAUAUGGAUAUGGAUAUUCACCAGCCACUCCUCUGCCUUUGCCGCCUCCCGGAAUGACCCCGCCUCCGACGGUGGGAACGGCAUCUGCUACUGCCACUGGCUAUUCUGGACCUGGAGCAGGACCUGGACCUGGACAGCGGCCAGGGCCAUAUCCGAUACCCUUGCCACAGCUGGGAUGAACGGAAAAAACAAGGAGCCGGAAGAAAAGCUCGCCUAAGUAAACAGGGCAGACAAAGUAAAAGAAAACAAUACAAUUUUAAUUGAAAUGUGUUCGUCGAAAAAAUUAAGUAAAA